GUUUUGCAGGUUAACUUUUCUUCGCAGGUAUGCGGGCGCUGCUACAUUAAGGUCGCUGUUAAAGGGCCGGAAAGGAAUUUCCCUGCAUUGGCAGGUUUCGCCUUUCCCGUAGCAAAACGUCACAACUUUGGCGGUAUCAGGCCUUGGGCGGAAUCCUUUAGUCCAUCUUCCUCUUUGCGGCGGCGAUACCAGGGUUCCCCGUUAAAGGGGUUUCUGAAGGGAGGCUUUGACCGUACGCCGAAAGGUCGUCAUUGCUCUCCCCUGCGGCGGCGGCGUAAUGGGGGCGGCUAUCUCUGCUUGAACAUAUGUUCUCCAGAGCCGGCCCAUCCCCCACACACACACACUGGAUAACCCUGAUGCUCCCUAGGUCCCCGGCUGGGGACUGGGGAGGGAGAACGCCCAAUGCCUGAGCCAAGGUCUACCCACAUUUGAAAUUUAAUAAAGUUGUGGCCAAUUUAAUCCCAUAGCACGUUGUCAUGAGUCGUUAUUCCACAUGACGGGGGGGACCGCACGGGAUCUGGGGACUCUGCCUGUCCACACAAAUACUCAACAAUACACAAUACCAGCACCUCUUUUUGUUGUUGUUAAAAAGUGUGGCACUUACAGUAACAAAUUCAUGAUGAGUACUGGCACCUAUUUUUUUGAAAAAGAAAAAAAGCACUGAACAUAAUAGAACAUCACAAAUACAACAUGAAUCAAAUAGAUUAAUUCACAAAUAAUCCAUACAGCAACCACAUUCUGUAAAACACUGUUAACAAAACAACUAAAAAAAUAAGCUAAACAGCACAACCACAACAAAAGUCAUACUAUAAGAUUCACAAAGCACUAAAGGUAAAGGUAAAGGGACCCCUGACCAUUAGGUCCAGUCGUGACCGACUCUGGGGUUGCAGCGCUUAUCUCGCUUUAUUGGCCGAGGGAUCUGGCGUACAGCUUCUGGGUCAUGUGGCCAGCAUGACUAAGCUGCUUCUGGCAAACCAGAGCAGCGCACGGAAACGCCGUUUACCUUUCCGCUGGAGCGGUACCUAUUGAUCUACUUGCACUUUGACGUGCUUUUGAACUGCUAGGUUUGCAGGAGCAGGGACUGAGCAACGGGAGCUCACCCCGUCGCAGGGAUUUGAACCGCCGACAUUCUGAUUGGCAAGUCCUAGGCUCUGUGGUUUAACCCACAGCACCACCCGUGUCCCUUUUUCACAAAGCACUACAGCACACAUAAUCCACAAAACAAUAUUAACAUUAACAAACUAGCAACCAAAAACAAAGCACUGUUGAAUUCACACACACAUUCUCUCCACACCAUAAUUCACAAUCUUCUUUUCGUUAAAGAAUUAUUUAGACUUUUUCCAUUUUAAGUUUUGCAUGCAUUCAUCAUGCUAUCAUACUCAGAUAUAGAAUUCCCAACCAAUCUUCUGUUGACAUCCUAUAUUGCUUCUUUUGAUCCGCUACAAUGGGAUGAAAAUUACCGUAUUUUUCACUCUAUAACACGCACCCGACCAUAACACGCAUGUAGUUUUUAGAGGAGGAAAAUCUGCAGGCAUGCCACCCGUAGGCAUUCCCUCCAUAACACGCACAGACAUUUCCCUUUACUUUCUAGGAGGAAAAAAGUGAGUGUUAUGGUGCAAAAAAUACGGUAAGUAGAAAGCGAGUGGAGACUACUUUAAAAGAGAUGGUAUUAAGGUAAACUUUCAAGUAGGGACAAACUUCUGAACAGCAGUAGAAAAUUUAAGUGAACUUAGAGGGAUGAAAGAAGGGUGGGAGAAAAAGAAGAAGAUGUGACUCAAUCUUCUACUCUGUUCAUCAAAAGACAGACACAUAUGACUUCUAGGACUUCUUCCAUCCUAGUUAAAGUAAAACAAUGACACUCCUAGCUUACUAUCUAUUAUUAUGGAAUUUCCUGAUACUUCUUUAUAUCUCUUAAUAUCUGCUAUGGGUUUAUUCUUAUACUUUAUUAUACCGACAUGAUACAAACAAGUUCCGCUUUUCAAAAAAUAUAUAUUUUAUUUCUCCUCUCUUACUCUUAUCAGGUUUGUGAGUUUAAUCAUAUACGCCAUCUCCCAGACUUCUGUGAGCCAGGAAUUUAUUGAUGGUGAAAGAGGCUUUUUCCAGUUUUGCAAAUUUCCAUUUGUGCUGCUGUUACUAAAUAUGUUGUCACUUUUUGGUCUCCAUCUGGUGCUAUGCCUUUAAGAUAUCCAAAUAUUGUUACAAAUGGAUCUCUAGGGAGGUCCUGAUGAAAAAUAUGUUUUAUUUCUAUUAAUAUGGAUUCCCAGUAUGUUUUGAUGAUUGGGCAUUCCCAAAUUAAAUUAAAAAUGUUUGUGUUUGGCAUUUUAUAUCAACAGUAGCACUUGUUUGUUAUUGUUUAUAUUUUGUUCUGCCUAGCUGGUGUCAAAUACUAGUGAGUCAUAAUCUUAGGGGGGAAAUAUUUGAGCUUCAUGCAAAUAAAAUAAGUUACUUUAAAUUGUUUUUAAUAUGGUUUUAAUGUUGUAAGUAACUGUUACGGUGAAGUGCAGGUAACAAAAUAAUUAUAAUAGCAUUUAAAAUAAUUAAAGCAUCAAAAAACACUAAGAAAAUGUAAAGAUAUUUAAAACAAUCACUUUCCGUCAUAGCUGAUAAUUUCAAGGUUGCCAGAAUCCCCUAACUGCGGCCCUCCAGAUGUUUUGGCCUACAACUCCCAUGAUCCCUAGCUAACAGGACCAGUGGUCAGGGAUGAUGGGAAUUGUAGUCCAAAACAUCUGGAAGGCCGAAGGUUGGGGAUGCCUGUCUUAGAUCCUAAAUGCCUGGAUAAAUAGGAGUAUUUUUAAGUUCUUCUGAAAGUUAGUAAUAUACAUUUUUGGACAAUUGUGUGCAUUGAUGUAAUAAAUAUAAUUAUAUUCAAUAUAAAUAUAUUCCAAUAUUUGCAAUACAAAUAUUUAUACGCAAGAGAAAUAUUAUACCCAAAAUCAAUACGAGAGACAUAACUUUGGAGUCCGGAAUCUCUGUUAUUCAUUGAAAACAUUCUUCACUUGAAAUGUAGGCUAAACAUUUUAUUGUACCUGGACUCCAAUUUUGUUGCCUCACAAGGGUCUGAUAAAAUUGCCUUAGGGCCUCAACCAGCUUCGGUGCCAUCAGCCAUAAAUUCCCCCGUAUGGGGGAAUGAGAAUGAGAAUAAAUUUUGAAGCUAGGCGUGAACAACUUCUCCUUGAAUUAUCUUGACAAGCAAAAUUAGCUGACUCAAUACCUUGAUAGUAGUCAAGUAUCCAUAUUUAUAUACAACUUCGGGAAAUGAUGCGUGUAAUGUACUUACUUGUUUAUUUCCCUGUAGAGACACGGGACAUAAUGUGGUGGAAGUUAAUGGCGCCAAUGCCUCACAGCAGUCAAUGGAACUAAGUUCCACACUUACCGUAUUUUUUGCACCAUAACACUUACUUUUUUCCUCCUAGAAA